AUGUCUAAUAGUUUGGACAGUUUUUUAACACGUAUUGGGGAUGUCACUAUAGAACGCGUGACUCCUCGUUCAGGCUCUAAGCCUAAUGAAGCAUUAAUUUCAAAUGAAAUUUCAACAAAUGCAAACAUGAACAAUAUAGAACCUCAAACAGGAAAUGAUGAAAGUUCAGAGGAGUCUAGUGGUGAAACAUCUGAUGGAGAACACGAAAAGAAAAAUGAUACAUUACAGUCAGAGGAGAUAGAAGAAAUACGUUCUGAAGGUUCAGGAGAUGAUAUGGAUUUAGAUGAAACAAUUGAUUCCCAAAUUGGGGUACGAAUGGAAUCAGAACGACAUCAUUCUCAACCCGAAGAAGAUGACGAGGAACCAGUUAAUAUAUUGGAUACUUUACCAUUAGAAGGAGCUCCAAUAGAAGGCCAAGAAGUAUCCGAGGCUGAUUUGCUUGGAAAACCAAUUUCAAAAGAUACAGACGAUGAAGAGAGCAUAGAACAUGAAAGUGACAAACACGAAGGUCAUUCCAUGGAGGAUGAAGGGGCUGAAAGUAAUAAGAGGCAUGCUGAUUCAGAGCUUUCUGAUACAGCCAAAAAGAAACAAAGAAAGGAUGAUGGGACUGAAGGAAGUGCAUCGGAAUGUGAAACAAAGGUAGAAAAGAAACUAGCAAAUAUGAGAAGAAAUAUUCGAGAAGUAAUGGAUGAGAACCAACUUGAUGAAGCUACUUUGUCUGCCCAACGACAAGAAAUGGAACGUUUGCGAAGGGUACAGGAACAACAAAGAAUUAUUCGUGAAGUUCAACGUCAGAUAGCAAUAAAUAGGCAGAAUAAUAAAACGCAAACAAGAGUAAUCAGUCUUCUACAGGGAAAGCAAAAUCAAGCAGGAACUACUAUUUCACAAUCAUCAUCAUCAUCAUUUUCACCCACACCAGUUCGUUUACCAAAUACCGUGCUUCUUAAAGUAAAUUCUGGAUCUGGGACUGGAUCUCAGACCACUUCUAGUAUGCAAGCAAAUCAAUUGCAAAGAAGGUCGAUAGAUGGAUCGCGUUGGCAAAAGAGUAGGGGUGUCUAUCAAGGGGUACAGACAUCAAUUUCUCGAGUUCCAAGUCGUCCUAUUGGUCCCAAUAUGUUACAGCAAAGAAUUAGAAUGAUGACACCUUCUGUGAGCAUAUCACCCGUAGUUCCUAAAAAGGAACCUAUGGAUAGAUCUGAAUAUUAUUCAGAUUCUGAACUCUCAGACAUAGAAGCUGAAGAAGCAUUACGUGAAAAACAGAUGCAUAUUACUAAAAAAAUAUCUGCUGGGCUAAAAUCUCAAAAAACGGCUAAGGGUAAAGACGUGGUAACAAUAUCUAGUUCUAGCGAAAGUUCAGACGAUGACUGUAUAGUUUUAAGCGAUCCAAGUGGAGAAGAAGAAACGGACAACGAAGAUGAUCCAUCCAAUUCUGGUAUGCAUACCAAUGAUAGAUAUAACAUUCCAGAUGAACAUGGUAGAGUGUUAAUUAAUGUGGGUCAUCCGGAAACUGAGCCUGAUGUGUUUUUAGCGCCCCAGGUCGCUCGUAUUAUUAAACCUCAUCAGAUUGGUGGUAUUCGUUUUCUUUAUGACAAUAUUGUUGAAAGCAUUGAAAGGUACAAAACUAGUUCUGGUUUUGGAUGUAUACUUGCUCACAGUAUGGGUUUAGGGAAGACUCUCCAAGUUGCUAGCUUUUGUGAUAUUUUUUUUCGAUGCACUACAGCUAAAACAGUUCUCUGUAUCAUGCCUAUUAAUACACUGCAAAAUUGGUUAGCAGAAUUUAAUAUGUGGUUACCAUAUGAGGAUCCUAAUGCUCCCGAAAAACAUAACAAAGGUUUAAAUGUCAAAUCUGAACCUGGUGUAGAGCUUAAACAAGAGAUUAAAGAUGAUUGUGGAAAUCAAAGUGACAUGUCAAAUCUGUCAAGGCCUAUUAGUACAGAAUCAGCUCAUCGUUUUGGGCAAGAAAAUACACCCCAACCUAUGAAUAUUAUGCCAGAAAACCCAUAUACUCAUCAGGGAUAUGAAACUCAUAACAUGAUACCUGGCUAUGUGCAGGAUAAUAUAUUAAAUAAAAAUAUGUCAGAUUCACAAGUACACACGAAUGAAAAUUAUCAGAGCGAUAUUUCUCAAAAUACAAUCUAUAAUACAAACUCUAAUCCAAUAUCUAAUUUUGAUUCAAUGAAGUCAGAAGCAAAUUGUCACGGCAUGCAACAGAGAUCAAGUAUGCCAGAUACAAAAUUUGGAGUGGAAAAUCAGAACCCUGGUAACAUGUAUUCUGGUUUAGAAAACCAGUCACAAACUUCUAUAUAUUCAAAUAUAGAAACACGAAAUCCUAGUGCUUUGUAUCCUAGCACAGAAAGUCAUCACACUGGAUCAGUCUAUCCAAAUUAUGAUAACUCUACUAAUACUUUUUCUAAUUAUACAAAUCGAACACCUCAAGAAGCUGAUCAAGAAUCUAGAAAAGAAUGUUUUAAGAAUGCUUUGUCUUCUGUAAAUACAGAAAUUAACGUGAAAAAAGAACCAGAAGAAAUCAUUAAGAAGGAGGAAGGCACUUGCACGACAAAAGACGAAAUAGUGAAUGAUGAGAAAAAGGAAAUAGAAAAAGUUCAAACUCCAUUCAGUGUAGAUGCUCCUAUUGGUAUGGAAUUAAGACCAAGACAUUUUCGACUGCAUAUCUUAAAUGAUUCUCAUAAAACCAUGACUGCAAGAGCCAAAGUAAUUCAAGAUUGGCAAUUUGGAGGUGGUGUGUUGUUAAUUGGAUAUGAAUUAUAUAGACAGUUAUCUUUAAAAAAGCCAAAUAAAGCAAAAAGAAAACGUGGACAACCUUUCAAAGACACUGUUGAUGUUGAGGAAGAAGAUAAGAAUAAAGGCUUAUUAAAUGAAAUGCAUUCGGCUCUAGUUAAUCCAGGACCUGAUUUAGUUAUAUGUGAUGAAGGUCAUCGAAUAAAAAAUUCUCAUGCUAGCAUUAGUAUGGCUUUGAAACAAAUGCGCACAAAACGUAGAAUUGUAUUGACUGGUUAUCCAUUGCAAAAUAACCUCUUGGAAUAUUGGUGUAUGGUUGAUUUUGUCAGACCUAAUUAUUUAGGAACUAAAAGUGAGUUCUGUAAUAUGUUUGAAAGACCAAUUCAGAAUGGGCAAUGUAUUGACUCAACACCACAAGACAUACGAUUAAUGAGGUACCGUGCACACGUACUGCAUGCUUUAUUAGAAGGUUUUGUACAAAGAAGAUCCCAUUCUGUAUUGCAAGUUUCUUUACCGCGUAAAGAGGAAUAUAUUCUUCUGGUUAGGAUGACACCGCAUCAACGCCAGUUAUAUGAUACAUUUAUGAAUCAAGUUGUUAAAACACGCGCUGUUCCCAAUCCGUUAAAGGCUUUUGCUGUAUGUUGUAAAAUUUGGAAUCAUCCUGAUAUUUUAUAUCAUUUUCUCCGCAAGCGUCAAGCCAAUGAAGAAGAUGAUUUAGAUUUGGAAGAAACAAUUGGUGAAAAGCCUACUACUGCUGGUGGAAAACGUUCAAAGGCUCGUCAACCGAAAGGAGAAUCUAAAAAGGGAAAGAAAACGAACACAACUAUAAAAAAUAAACCUGCAGCUAGUGUGCAACCUAAUGCUUCUUCAUCAUCUAACACUGAUAACAUAGAAUCUGACAACUCGCAUACAACUCCAAAACAAAACAAUUAUUCCAAUUAUUCUAUGCCCAUGAAUAAUUCAGGAUAUUCAAAUUCUAUACCACAAAAUUCUUAUCCUCAUGGUUAUCAGAAUUACAGGCCAAAUGACCAAAAUGUGUAUUACAGAAACGAUAAUAACCAUGGAGAAUAUAAUGAAUUUUACAAUAAUCAAGGGCCACAAAGAUAUGGAAAUCAAUCAUUCCAAACAUAUACGCAAUCUCCGGGAUACAGUACUUCGCAAAACUAUCCAAAUCAGUCACAAAAUUAUAUACCAAAUAAUGAACAGUCUGCAAACAACCAUUCGCAAAGGUAUCCGAAUACUCCUAAUUCAGAAUUUCGUUCAGACCAAAAUCAAGGAAACAAUUAUGAAGUAUCAGGGAUGUUUUCACGCCAGGCUUAUCCUUAUCAAGAUCAUGGACGUAAUUAUGCAUCAAACUUAAAUCAAGGAUCUAGUAAUUAUCCUCAAGUUCCAAACCAAUCUUCUUUUCAAUCACAAAUGCCAAAUCAGUCAACAAACAUACCAAUACCGGAUUAUUCUCCCUAUACACCUAACCAGACCCCAAAUUAUAAUUCUGCACCAGGCCAGACCACUUCAAUGUAUUCACGAAAUGAAAGUCAACCAUUACAAAACUCUACAUUAGGGUAUGGUGCUAAUCAGUCAAGUCAAAAUUCGACCUCUCAAACUUCAACAGCUGGAUAUCUUCCAAAUCAACAAGGUCAGGGUACAGCACCCAGUCAAAAUCGCGGCUUUUCCCCUAAUCAACAAAAUCAAAGUCUUACUUUACAAAGUUCUUCCCACACUUAUACUGGCACACAGUCACAAAAUAUGCCACUAUCUAAUCAGUCCCAUAAUUAUCCUACUCAAGUAAAUAGUAACCCUUCAUCGCAAACGUCUCUUUCUUUUAAUCAACAGUCGCCAAAUCCAAUGUCACAAAAUCAAUCUCAUCCAUAUAUGGCGAAUCCAUCAAAUCAAACAUCAGUUCCACAGAGUCAAAUGCGUGGAUAUCCUACAACGGCUCAAAAUCAAAUUAACGUGCCACAAAAUUCAUCUUCAUAUCCCUCAGGGCAAUCAGCUUCAAAUGCCCCUACUCAAACACAUGGAUAUCCUCAAGAUCAACAAGGGCCAGUUGCAAAUGCACAGAAUACUAUACAUGGAUAUUCACAUCUUGUGUCUUCAUCAGCACCACAAAAUCAGUCUUCGUAUCCACCUACUGCCCAAAAUCAAACAGGAGCUUCUUCAGGUUCAAAUCAUGCAUAUGGUUCUAAUCAUCAGGGUUCAACAUCAAUGCCACAGACUCCGACUCAUAGGUAUGGUAGUUCUCAGCAAGGACAAGUACAACAAUCUCAGAGUCAGUCUCUUACAUAUCCACAAAAUCAACAAGCACCAGCCUCGUCAUUAAAUCAAAAUGAUCAAGUCUAUCCCAGAUCAGAUAGUCAACAACAAGCUCAAAAUUAUACGACAACGUCCAAUACACCUCAUGAAUUUUCAACCGAUCGUCAAGGUGGAAGCUCUACUAAUUCGACAAAUAACUAUCCAGUAAACCAAACUCAACAGAAUAUAAGUUACUCAUCAGAUGGUACGCAUCAAAAUCAAGUAGGUCAAAUGAAGGGACCAGAAGAUCCUUAUUGGCAAAGAAAUUAUUCUCAACCAUUUAGAUCUGAUCAGUGUAACGAUCCAUAUUAUCGGGAUGUAAAUCCUAACGUGAAUCGAUAUCAAAAUAAUUACUUUCCAUCACAAAAUUAUCAGAAUCAAUCUUAUGAUUAUAGUAACAAUCAUAAUUCAGAUGUGAAUUCACGAUCAGAUGAUUCAAAACCACAGCAGUCUACUACUCAUAUUCAAAACUCAGGUUCUUGUGAUAAAAGUAAUAAAGAAAUGACUGCAAGUGUCGGCGUACAGAGCCAACCAAUACAUCAGAGUAAUGUUUCUACAAGCUCAAAUUAUAGUUCUGAAUCGAGCUGUCAAACACCAGUGUCCAGAUCUGUGCAAAAUCUUGGUUCAUCACACAGUCCUCGACUAAACCAAAAUGAUAUAGUAAAGGAAGAUGAUCGAGAAAAAGAGGAUUUGUUAGAUAAAGAUAAAGAAGAUAAGUCAGACGAUGACAUUCUUACAAAAGAUGAAGAAAAAGACUCUAAAAGUUUUUCAGGAGGAAAAGAAGAUCCUGGAAUUCCAUAUGAUUGGGCAACGGAAUUAAUGAAGGGCUAUGUACCAGGAUUAAUUGACGCGUCUGCAAAAAUGACAAUUUUCUUUUGUAUUUUGGAAGAAGCAAUCACGCUUGGUGAUCGUGUUUUAGCAUUUUCUCAAUCAUUGUUUACAUUGAAUCUCAUCGAAGAUUUUUUAGCUAGAAAUAGUUUGAAACAUCCAGAUGGACAAAUAGAUGCUUGGAUUAAAAAUGUAAAUUAUUAUAGACUAGAUGGAAGCACUAGUGCUUUAGAAAGAGAAAAACUUAUCAAUGAAUUUAAUAAUAAUUCAAAAAUUCAUCUUUUUCUCGUUUCAACACGUGCUGGUUCAUUAGGCAUUAAUCUUGUUGGCGCAAAUCGUGCUAUCGUGUUUGACGCUUCUUGGAAUCCCUGUCAUGACACGCAGGCUGUCUGUAGGGUUUAUAGAUACGGUCAACAAAAACCGUGUUUCGUUUACCGAUUAGUUACCGAUAAUUGCCUAGAAAGAAAAAUAUACGACAGGCAAAUUAGUAAGCAAGGAAUGGCUGAUCGCGUUGUUGAUCAGUGUAAUCCAGAUGCUCAUCUUUCAUUAAAAGAAGCGACUACAUUGUCUUGGGAUUGGGAAGAGGAUAGUCAAGUACAAGAUUUUUCACAAACGAAAGACAGUUAUUCAGAUGAAGUCAUGCAUCGUGUGUUAGAACGAUAUUCGUCUUUGCUUACGAAGCAGCCAUUCCAUCAUGAGAGUCUUCUUGUAGACCGAAAAGAUAAAAAGCUCAGUCAAGCAGAAAAGCGAUUAGCCCGUCGUGGAUACGAACUUGAAAAAAUGGCUGCCAAUUGUUCGAGACCUAGUUACAAUUAUGUACCCGGAAAUACUGCUACACGGGCAGGCGGAUUACAAAUUAGAGCAAUUCGCGGCGGUGAUAGUAGUACUACAUCCAAACCAGUGGCUUCGGUUAGGCCAAUGCAACAACGUGGUGCCGAGGGUUUAGGCUCACGUGGUGUGACUGGGAGUCGGUGGAUACCGGCGGAAGUAUGGCAAAGACAAGGAAUGAGCGCACAAGAAAUGACAUUACCUUUAGAUGUUGUUAUUCCUACCAAUUCGCCUGAUAAAGGAAGUAUUGUACUAAAAGCUGGUCAACGAGUGAUGGUACUGAAGAGUCCGAAAGGCAUUUAUAUGCAAUUAGAAUCUGGAAAAAUUAUAGCAAUUCGAACAGCUCUUAAAUUAAAUCAACAGAAACGGGAGGAAGAACCAAAAAAAGGUGUAUCUUCAAUGACACAGAGAAAUUCCAAACCAGAAGUCGGAUUUCCAUUGAGAAAUAAUUCAGCCAUUUCUAUAAUACCGAAAUCAUCUUCAAGUAACCAAAUAAGUGGUCGUUCAGUCAAUAAACCAGGUGGUCCUAAUUAUAGGCCGUUCGCCGACAAAGAAAUUUCGAAAAGACCAAAACUUGUUGCUACCGCAACCGCCAAACCUUAUUUGAGUCAAGUUAAUUUAACAAAUCAAGUUUCUCUUUCAAGGUUACCAAAAGUAAAGCAAGAACCAGUUGAUCAUUCAACUCUGGGAGAAAAUUCGAAUUCUUCUGAUGGUCAGGUCAGAACGGAACAAAGGGUCGAAGAAGUAAGAUUGGAGGAUGUGGUUGCGGAAGUAAGUUCAAACACAGAUUAUAGCCCUUCUAACCAUAAUCGUGUAUCCAAUUCGGAUACUGAUACGUCUCUACAAAAGUCAUCCGAAGAAAAUAGUCAAGUAUAUACUUCGGAUACCGUAACGGCGCAAGGUGUUCAAACGCAACACGAUCAAAUAGAAACGGAAUUGACAUCAAAAAUUAAUAAACAAUGUUCUCCUUCGAUCGAGAAGCAAGUUACAAAAAUAAAUGAGACGUUAACAAAUUAUGGACAUGCUUUUCAAACUCAACAAGAAAAGAGAGACACGUCUAACGAGGAAAUUAUAAUUGAAGACCCACCGCAAGUAUCGCCUCAAAUACAGCCUCAAUUACCAUCUCAGAUACCAUCUCAGGUAUCGUCGCAGCAAGUCUCAUCUCAAGUACCAUCGCAAGUACAACCACAGGUACCAACACAGGUACUUCCACAGAUAUCAUCUCAAUUGUCAUCGCAAGUUGGAACACAGUCAACGGUAUCCGCACCAUUGCCAUUAUCAUUAACACAACCUACUCCAUCGACUAUGCAAGUGCCACCAACAUCUACGUUACGAGGUACAGAAGGUUCUAAAGGUAUGACAGAUAUUAUUGGCUCUACUGCUGCAUCCAUGGGUACUGGAACUAAUGCCAUGACUUCACCAAAAACGGUAGAACCAAGUAUGCGCGAAACAUCUGUACAGGGCGAACUUAAUGUACCACAAGGUUACCCGUAUGCCCAGUAUCCUCGGUACUACGAUUAUAGCGAUCCACGAUCACGAUCGUUAUCCACUCCUUAUGGUACAUAUUUCCCUGGCGUUCCACCUCAUGCAACAAAUCCCAGAUUACCAAUAGACACCGCAAAAACACAACCAGACUUAGGAAAGCCUGUGGAAGAGAGAGCAACGAUGAAUGUGCCUCCUACAUAUUCGCAAGUACCACCGAAUACUACUGCUAAAACGUUAGCAAAUGCAACAGAAACUAAAAGUGCAGAAGCGAUGGUAACCACAACUGUUGCUUCUACUCCGACAAGGGAUGAUACACACAUACCCACUGCGUUCAGUCAUCCGACAAGCAGUCGUUAUCCUGGACCCUAUCCACCGGGACCGUAUGAUCCAUAUUCACAGCAUUAUCCUCCAGCACCUGGUUCUUCAGCAGCUUAUCCACCGAGUGGUGCACCUGGAUAUCCAGCAUACGGCGGGCCGACUUACAAUACCGAGUACGCACGCAUGUAUACGGCAUUUCAUGGUCCUCCUCCACCAACAGAUCCUUAUAUACAUAGAGGUUACGCACCUCCUUCAUCACACCCGCCUAAUUAUUAUCCUCCAUUCCCACAUCCUCCUCCACCUUAUCCAAAUUAUUCGUUUUUAUCGCCAUAUCCGAAUCCUAAUAUGCCUAGUGAGCCGCAACCACCUGCUCAGUAAGAAAGUUCAGUGGCACUUCGAGACACGAUUAGUUUAAUAAUAAUUUCAAGAAAUGUCGCAUAUUGCGAAAGUUUGAAGGCUGUCGCGGUUCAGAAGCUUAAUAGACUGAAGCUGUAAAACGCAUUGAUGUAAAUAUUUAGUCACAAGUAUUGUAUUAAGAUAUUCAAUUUACUUAGGUACUUUUCCAAAGUACCAACUCUAUGUCAAGGGAGAUGAGAUAAUCUCUUUUAACUUUGAACUGUGCAAUUUGUUAAAAUGUUCAAAAUAUUUAGCCUGGAAUGCUAUGCCGUUUUACGAUGCGUCUAUUCAACUAAAUAAUGUCAAUGUUUAAAAGUGUACAAGUGAUCCCUCUACUUAAUAUUUUAUAGUUUCAUUGACACCAUGACGUUUUUUACACUUCGGGGACACUGACUGUAUGCGUUUACCAAGUGCUUCAUUAAACUGCGAUUAUAAAAGUAAAAAAAUAUUUUAGAUGUACAAAUUUGUACAAACGUUUGUUAUUCGUCAUUUUUUUAUUCAAUUUUAGUCAAAUUGAGAUUAAUUUAUGUAGAUGAUACUGGGAAUAUUGAGUCAGAAAGAAGUUUGUACCUUUUAAACAAGUAACGUAAAAAAAGGAAGGAAUGCUGUAACUAUCGUUCAACUUUGUGCAUAAAUGCUACACUCAUCACUUUUAUAUAUAGGUACUAUAAGAAUAAAAAAAG